CGCGCUUCGCCGGACCCUGCGCUUGCGCACCCGCGCGUUGGCUUCUCGGAGCAGUGCGGCGGUGAGAAGUGAAAUAGGAAUAACGUCGGGGGUCAAAGGAUUCACUGCAACCAUGUUACAGUGCAGGGCAAUGUGGCAGAAACUAGCGCCGCUGAGCAGGGCAUCGUCCACGCUAGGGAGGACUGGCAGCAAGAGGCGAGUUUUCAAGCCUUACACAGUGCCUCCUUUAGGACCUUCAACAGGGUGUUUGAUGUCCACAGGUGUGUCAAGGAACAGCAACAGCAAUCUCAUGUACUUCUUCAUUGUUGGUGGAACGUUCAUUGGGGGAAUUACAUAUGUAUAUAGUAUAAUAAAAGAAGACAAAGAAAGGUACAAAAAGCGAGUCACACAGAUGCGAUCAAGAUCCAGUGAGGAAAGAAAGUCUGAAGAAUUGUCAGCAAAAGCAGAUGCCUCUGAAUUGCCCGAACAGGUUUCAGUGAAAGUAACAGCAGAGAAAUCGGAAACUGAGAUUGAAUCAGCAACAGUUGAACCAGUCAGUGCUAGGCCUGACAUACCAUCACAUGUUCCUUACCUUCUGAUUGGUGGAGGCACUGCAUCAUUUGCAGCAGCUAGAUCUAUACGUGCACGAGAUCCUGGAGCAAGGGUCCUGAUAGUUACGGAAGAACCAGAUUUGCCUUAUAUGCGGCCACCACUUUCGAAAGAGCUCUGGUUUUCAGAUGACUCCAGUGUUCCGGAAACACUGAAAUUUAAACAAUGGAAUGGAAAAGAAAGGAGUAUUUACUUCCAGCCCCCGUCGUUCUAUGUCAGCCCUCAAGAGUUAUCUUUUGUGGAGAAUGGAGGAGUAGCAGUGUUAACUAGAAAAAAAGUUGUAAACAUUGAUGUCCGAGGAAACAAAGUAAAAUUAGACGAUGAUGUGGAAAUAACAUACGAUAAAUGUUUAAUUGCAACAGGUGGAAUUCCACGCAACCUUCCAUCACUUGAAAGAGCAGGAGAAGAGGUACAAAAGAGAACAACUCUAUUUAGGAAGAUAGAAGAUUUUAAAUCAUUGGAGACAAUUUCAAGAAAUGUGAAGUCUAUUGUAAUCAUUGGUGGCGGAUUUCUGGGCAGCGAAUUGGCUUGUGCUUUGGGAAGACGUGCACAGAAUACAGAACUUGAAGUGAUCCAGAUAUUUCCUGAGAAAGGAAACAUGGGUAAAAUUCUCCCAGAAUAUCUCAGCAACUGGACAACUGAGAAAGUAAGGAAAGAGGGUGUCAAUGUCAUGCCCAAUACACUUGUGAAAUCUGCCAAGUAUAACGAUAAUAAAGUUGUUCUGCUGCUCAAGCAUGGCCAAACUAUAAAGACUGAUCAUGUUAUUGCUGCAGUGGGACUUGAACCUUGUGUUGAAUUAGCAAAGUCAGCAAGGUUAGAGCUGGAUUCUGAUUUGGGUGGAUUCAGGGUGAAUGCAGAGCUACAAGCACGUUCAAAUAUAUGGGUGGCUGGAGAUGCUGCAUGUUUUUAUGACCUCAAGUUGGGUAGAAGGCGUGUAGAGCACCAUGACCAUGCUGUAGUGAGUGGCAGAUUGGCUGGAGAAAACAUGACUGGAGCUUCAAAGCCGUAUUGGCAUCAGUCUAUGUUUUGGAGUGACCUGGGCCCUGAUGUGGGUUAUGAAGCCAUUGGUAUUGUGGACAGUAGUUUACCUACCGUGGGAGUGUUUGCCAAGGGAACUGCAAAAGACACCCCCAGAGCUGUGACAGAAAUGACUGGUACAGGAAUCCGAUCAGAAAGCGAAACUGAAACAGUUGCCACUUCUGUAAGUGUGCCUGCUGAUGCUACCGCUGUGGCUCAUCCACCUGCAGGAGGAGAUGACUAUGGAAAAGGCGUCAUCUUCUACUUGAGAGACAAAGUAGUCGUGGGAAUUCUUUUGUGGAAUGUUUUUAACAGGAUGCCUAUUGCCAGAAAGGUCAUUAAGGAUGGUGAAGAACAUGAUGACCUCAAUGAAAUUGCAAAGUUGUUCAACAUUCAUGAUGAUUAGAAUGAUCAGAGUUUAACUGUAUAUAAGAGUCUAGAAUUUUUUUUAAAAUUGUAAACACAUUUUGUGUCCAAAAUCAAGAACUUGAAUUCUCAGAAAUGUAAGUAAUAUUUUGUGAGUUUCCAGAUUAUUUGAAAAAUGCAAACAAUUUGUACCAUGUGCACAGUGAUUAAGAUUUUCUGAACUAAAUAUUAAAAAUAAUGUAAAAAUGGCAUUUAAAAAUUCUUAAUUUUA